AUGCGGUCGCGCAGCCCCUGGGGCCGCUGCAAACAAGCGGGUGUUUGCGCGGCCCAGAGCGAUGCGGAUUCGAUGGAGACGCGGGGCCUUCGGGGAUCGAUUGGGCGCAGCUGUCGCGGAGCAGCCCGGGGGAGUUGCCACAGGCGAAGCCGGCACAGGCCAGGGCGGUGCAGAGAUCUCGGGGUGCCGCGUGUGCCCUGGCACAUCCCCAACGGAGGAGGACAGGCGCUGCGCUGUGGGGAACAGAUUCGCAAAGCCUGCAGGUUUGGGGAAGGCUGGCCCGGGGACCUGCGGGCCAUCCAGCUCUUACUGAACUGGAGGAGACAGUCGCCAGCGUCCCGGGUGAGAAUAGCGGGGACAGGCGGCAGCGGCCCGGGAGCCGGCGCGGCAGCCGAAGAGAUCAACACCAAAGAGGUGGCCCAGCGCAUCACGGCGGAGCUGAAGCGCUACAGCAUCCCGCAGGCCAUCUUCGCGCAGCGCAUCCUGUGCCGCUCGCAGGGCACCCUCUCCGACCUGCUGCGCAACCCCAAGCCUUGGAGCAAGCUCAAGUCCGGUCGCGAGACCUUCCGCAGGAUGUGGAAGUGGCUGCAGGAGCCCGAGUUCCAGCGCAUGUCGGCGCUGCGCCUAGCAGCCUGCAAGCGCAAGGAGCAGGAUCAGCAGAAGGACAGGGCUCUGCAGCCCAAGAAACAGCGGCUGGUGUUCACGGACCUGCAGCGCCGCACACUGAUUGCCAUCUUCAAGGAGAACAAGCGGCCGUCCAAGGAGAUGCAGGCCACCAUCUCACAGCAGCUGGGCCUGGAGCUCAACACCGUCAGCAACUUCUUCAUGAACGCCCGACGCCGCUGCAUGAACCGCUGGGCUGAGGAGCCCGGUGCCACUCCGGGCACCGCGACAGCCACUGCCACCUUCUCCAAGGCCUGA